AUGAACAACAGCACAGCUGACUCACGACAAUCUCCCCCCAGCAGCAACAGAGUUUCCGAUUUUUUCAAAAGUGAGGGAAACUUGGAUAAUGGUGCCUUGACACAGCCAAACAUCACCAAUCAAUCAGUCACUAAAUUAACCAACAAGCACACCACAAACACUCACAAACCAAAUAGGAAAAAGCGAACGACAACGUCACGAGCUUGUGAUGCUUGCGCAUUGAGGAAAAUUCGAUGUGAACCAACUACACCUUGUUCUCAUUGCAAGAAUAACGGAUGGGUUUGUACAAGGAAUCGAGAACGAAAGAAAUCGGGGCCCAAGGCGUUAUCGAAAAGAACGAUUGAUUCGAUUAAUAAUCUAAGUGAGGUGAUUGAGCUUAAUACAUCUAGACCACAAUUAUCUUCGAAAAAUUCAUCAACUUCGGUAUAUUCGAAAAGUCCGAGCAUUGAAGAAACUGAAUCUCAUCGAUCGUCACCGUCGGCAAGGUCAUCAGUUGCGCAUUCAGUGACGCCGAAUCCAGUUCAGCAAAGACUGCACAGUCAGUCAAAUCAGGGGCAAAUGGGUGUGGCUUUAGUGGGUCAGGCCCAUGGCUCUGCGGCAUCCCAAUUUCCCGAGAGCUCCACUCUACACUCCACCCAACUACAACCUCUGGCAAGCAACGACACCCAGACGGGCACAUCAACUGAGGAAUACCUCGUCACUCCAUUCUACUUGAUGGAGAAUCUCAACUUGAUAGGUGAAGAGCCAGCGAUUCGCGAGUUGCUUGCGCCAUUGACGGUGAAUUCAGUAUUGACCAACUACUCCCGACUAGUAUCAUUUUUAACUACAAAUUACCCAAACAUGAUCAACACUUCCGGAAUCAAUACUCAUUUUACAGAAAUCAACUUGGUUGAUCAUCAUGAUGACUCGUUAUACUUGUCGACACUACUAAUCAUCAUCACUUUGAAUCAAAUCAUUGCCGAAAUACUCAUCAAGUUGAAGAAACAAAAAUUCAAGAAAUUUUUACGGUACCCCAAGAAGUUUCUUGCUUUUAGACCAUACAAGUCGUUUAAAAACUUGUGUCAUUUCAAAGUAUUGGAGAUUUUCUCGUUAAUUGAAAAGAAUUUCAUUGUACCUUCAAUCAUACCAAAGACUAGAGCCAAUGGAAAUCAGUAUCUCUUUGCCCAUUUGAACCAAUAUCAAAUUUACUACAAUUUGUCGCUAUCCAACAUACAAUUGUGCAAUUACAAUCACAUUUUGAAUUUAACAAACACCCUCAACUCAGCAACAGAGGCCCAUAACGCUUAUGGAAAUGAAGCACAAGAGCAUCAAAAGAUCUUGUAUUUAAGUCGAGCAAUCAGCACGUUUCAGCUAAUCAGUGUCAAGGAAAGCGACUCGCUAGUUCCCUUACGCGAAUUAUACGAAUUGAUUUACUCAUUUGAACGAUACUACAUCAUAUUCAGUUCAUACAAUUACGAUGUGAACUUGUUCCGAAACAACAAUGUAUUGACACAUUUGAAAAGUGAUAGGUAUCACGGCGAAGGAUACGCUUUCGAGUUGAUGCACAUUAUUGAUGAUCUGGGAUUGAUAGAUCCGCUUUGCAGAAACGCAUGGUUCAACCUGCUGUUGGAAUUUGAUAAACCACAACCAGGGUAUAUUGAACUAAAGGGGAGGAUUGAUGCAUUGAGAUGCACCGACUACAUGUGGUGUAUCUUGCGUGAGAUUCUAUUAUUCAAAAUCAUGCUUGUACGACCAUUAAGUUUUGACCAAAGUAAAUUAGAAGUUGUUCGAAUUAUUGACACAAUCUGCAGAAAUUUGGAACUUGCUGAUUCAGACGUUUUCAAAGUGAAAGUGUCCAACUAUCAAAUUCUACAACCAUUGUUGCAUAUUUUAAAAGUAUUUCUCGAAAUCAAACAAGUUGAAGUCAGGCUAGGGAAACCAGUCAAUAUACAAGAUCAAGAGCUAUUAGUUCGAUACACUGAGCUAAUCAUUACUCAUUUACCAUUUUUCAACAAUAUCAAUAAACUAAUUCGAGCUCACAAGAUACUCAACAAUUGGUUCCUAAUGUUGAGCGAGGUAAAGAAGGAUGACACAAGUGAAAAGCAAGAGCAACCACAAUUGCAAUCUCAAAUCUACCAACCCACACCACCAACACCACAAGCAAACAUUGAUUUCCCUUUCCACACUGGAAUCACACCUCAAGCCCAACAACCAACAUUUUCUCAUUUACAACCCCAACAACGACUUGCUUCCCAAAUCGAUGUCAAUGAGCUAAUGAGGGACUUUACAGUCUCUCGAUUGGAUGGGGAUUUUGAUGUCAAUAACCCAACACCAACGAUCCAAUACCGAGCUGACGAUGACGAAGACGAUGAAGAGCAAGAUUUCUUCACAAUUGUGCCCAAAAAUGAACAUGGACACAAGUUUGCCAAUCAAACUUCUGGAGCAGCCGAUUUUCUUGCGAAUGCUCCACCUACACCACAGUUUGGUUUCCCUAGUGUUGUCAACAAUAAUAAUCUCCCCAUGAGUGCUAGCACCAGAAGUUUCUUCUCAUUGCUUAAUGCUACAAAUUACGUUGAGGAUAACCAAGCAGACCCUGGUCAAGCAGACCCGAAUCAAGGCUCUGAUAAGGGAAGUGUAAUAGGAUCCAGUUUCUUCAACUUGAGUAAUCUUAGAUAG